AUGGAGUUUCUGGAAAGAACUUACCUUGUGAAUGACAGAGCCACUAAGAUGUAUGCCUUCACCCUAGACAGUGUGGAACUCCAGCAGAAAGCCUUGAAUAAAGAUCAAUGUCCUGGAGAGAAGCCAGAGGAGCUGGAGUCAGGAACCAUCUAUCACUGCCACAGCCACUCCAAGGCCACAGAGAACAGAGCAAACAAGCAAGUUUACGCCAAGUGGAAACUCUGUGCUGCUUCAGGAAUAUGCUUUGUUUUCAUGAUUGCAGAGGUCGUGGGUGGGCACAUUGCCGGGAGUCUUGCUGUCAUCACAGACGCUGCCCAUCUCUUAAUUGACCUGACCAGUUUCCUGCUCAGUCUCUUCUCCUUGUGGUUGUCAUCAAAGCCCCCUUCGAAGCAGCUGACAUUUGGAUGGCACCGGGCAGAGAUCCUUGGCGCCCUGCUGUCUAUCCUGUGCAUCUGGGUAGUGACUGGGGUCUUGGUGUACCUGGCAUUUGAACGGCUGCUCCACCCUGAUUACCAGAUCCAGGCGACUGUGAUGAUCCUAGUUUCAGGCUGUGCUGUGGCAGCCAACAUUAUGCUAAGCGUGAUUCUGCACCAAAGACAUCCCAGUGACAAUCACAAGGACGUGCAACCUAAUGCCAGUGUCAGGGCAGCUUUUGUGCAUGCCCUUGGAGAUCUCUUCCAGAGCAUCAGUGUGUUAAUCAGUGCACUUAUUAUCUACUUUAAGCCAGACUAUAAAGUGGCUGACCCAAUCUGCACAUUUGUCUUUUCCAUCCUGGUUCUGGCCAGCACCGUCACUGUGCUAAAGGACUUUUCCAUCCUACUCAUGGAAGGGGUGCCCAAGAACCUGACUUACGAUGGGGUGAAGGAGCUCAUCUGGGCGGUGGACGGAGUGGAGUCGGUGCACGGCUUGCACAUCUGGUCUCUAGCCAUGAACCAAGUGAUCCUCUCAGCUCAUGUUGUUGCAGCAGCCAGCCGUGACAGCCAGGCCGUUCGGAGAGAGAUUGUUCAAGUCCUCAGCAACAGCUUUACGGUGCACUCACUCACCAUUCAGAUGGAAUCUCCAGCCGACCAGGACCCCAGCUGCUUUUUCUGUGAAGACCCCCGGGACUAG